AACAGCAGAUCUUUUCCAUCACUCAAUAGCUGCAGAACCUCAAACAUGCUCUAAUUUUUUGUCUUGAAAUAUAAGCUUCACUCUUCACCAGCUAUGACAGAAGAAAUAACAUAUGCAGAUCUGGAAUUUAAUAAAUCUUACGAACUGGAAAAUAUCCCAAAACCUGCUGCUCCUGAGGAAAAAGGGGUCCCCUCUUCAUCCUCUACAUGGCGUGCGGCUGCCUUGACUUUCCUCAUACUGUGCUUGGCAUUGCUACUAGGGAUGUUAGCCCUUGGGAUUGUGUUUUUUCAGGUUUCCAGUGACUUCCAGAAACAAAUUGGGAACCUCACGAGGAACCAGGAAACUCUGCAAACAAAUUUUUCAAAAAGACUGCAAGACAUGAAAAAUCAUUUGUGUCUUAAAGGAGAUGAAAAUAAUGAGAAUAAUGGACCCAGUUGUACACUCUGCCCUGCAAACUGGCAAUGGAUGAGAGGCGACACCUGUUUCUACAUUUCAGUGCAGAAGAAGUCAUGGGUAGAGAGCCAGAAAUUCUGUUCCUUACAGAAUUCCACCCUUCUUGUACUAAAAGACAGGGAUAAGCUGAACCAUGUACCUGCAAGAGACAAAACACAAUAUUACUGGAUUGGUUUACAUAAAUCCAGUAAUAACAGCUGGUAUUGGGAGGAUGGCUCAGCUCUUUCACCAGUGAAAGAAAAUUGGAUUUACUUGUAUCCAUCCUAUAAUUGUGGCUACCUAUAUGGAGAGAAAAUUAAUAACGACUACAGCACAGAGGAGCACUUCUGGAUCUGUGAGAAAGCAGCUGUCAAACUAAGCAUGUGAGAAAGAGUAGAACAUGUGAGCUGACAGUCCCCACAUGCAUUCAUCUGGGUGUGCAGGAUUCUCACUGACGGGCUCUCUUCUCUGAAAUGUACUGCUGUGCACUGAUGUAAGUGUGGCGGAGUGGGCUGAUAUGGCAUCCAGUUGUCAAAAGUUGGGGUAGGUCUUAAAAAUAGAUUUUAGUUCUGUUGAAUAUUGUACAUUUUGUAUUGUACUCUUUUAAAAAUGUUGUAUGUUUUAUUUCCUGUAUUAUUUCUAUACUACUGUAUACGGAUACAUCAUUUUAAGGGCUUUUUCUGUAUUGUACACGUGCUUUGAUGUUUGGUCAGGUGUCAUUUAAAAAUCAAAAUCAAAAUUAA